GGGUAACGGCGCGGCGGGCGGCUGGAGAGGGACUGGGGCGGAGGAGGCAGAGGCGGGGGUUUGGGUGGCGCGGGAAGGCCGACGCCCCAUGCGGCGAGCAGAGGCGGGCCGCGGCCCGGUCAGAGGUCCGUGUGGCGGGUGGCGGCGGAUGGCGGGCCCGUCCCUCCUCAGUGCAGCCCCGCCCCCGGCUGAAGGUCAGCGCGCUUUGUUCCCGCCGCCCGCGAGUCCACGCGAAGGCGCGCAGGCGGUUCCUUGAGAGGAACAAGGCCUCCCCAGCGAGGUGGGCCUGGGUGCGCCUUGUCUUAGACCGCGCCUGGGAAGGAAGGGGUCUACUGGGCCGCCGCCUCGCCCUUCCGGGCUUUGCAUGCUCUCCGCACAGUGCCCUAGUAGACUUCACUCUCUGAGUCUGCUGUGGAGGCGGAGCCAGUGUAGUGACACACAGUGAGCCUUCAGACCCGUGGGCCCCCUACAGUCGCCAGCAGUACCCCUUCUCCCAGGGGUAUUCUUGGGGCAAAUUGGCCUGCACUGACUCCAAUUCUGCUUUGCUGCCUCUUGGAGGAAUUUCCGCGGUAGUUUUCUGCGCUAAUACGUGAUGUAGGUGCAACAGGCAGAGUGUGCCUUAGCAAGAAACGCCUGGGUUCAGAAGUGGUUCAGUUUGUGGAAGAUUUGUAGGUUGUCAGGGGACAAAGGUGUUCAGAUGGCAGAAAACAGUCUUUCAGAUGGAGGCCCAGCAGAUUCUGUGGAAGCUGCUAAAAAUGCCAGUAAUACAGAAAAACUCACAGACCAGGUGAUGCAGAACCCACAAGUGCUGGCAGCUUUGCAGGAACGUCUUGACAACGUCUCUCACACUCCAUCUAGUUACAUAGAAACUUUACCUAAAGCUGUCAAAAGAAGAAUUAAUGCUCUGAAGCAGCUCCAGGUGAGGUGUGCGCACAUAGAAGCUAAGUUCUACGAGGAAGUUCAUGACCUGGAGAGGAAGUAUGCAGCCUUGUACCAGCCUCUAUUUGAUAAGAGAAGAGAAUUCAUCACUGGUGACGUGGAGCCCACAGAUGCAGAGUCAGCGUGGCACAGUGAGAAUGAGGAGGAUGACAAGUUGGCUGGAGAUAUGAAGAAUAAGGUAGUCAUAGCUGAGAAAGAAGCAGCAGCGGUGGAAGAGCUGAACCCCAAAGGCAUCCCUGAGUUCUGGUUUACCAUCUUCAGAAAUGUGGACAUGCUUAGCGAACUGGUGCAGGAAUAUGAUGAACCAAUCUUGAAACACCUGCAGGAUAUUAAAGUGAAGUUUUCAGACCCUGGACAACCUAUGUCUUUUGUGCUAGAGUUUCACUUUGAACCCAACGACUACUUCACCAAUCCUGUCCUGACGAAAACAUACAAGAUGAAAUCAGAGCCAGACAAGGCCGACCCUUUUUCUUUCGAAGGUCCUGAAAUUGUGGACUGUGAUGGGUGUACAAUAGACUGGAAGAAAGGAAAAAAUGUCACAGUCAAAACAAUCAAGAAAAAACAGAAGCACAAGGGCCGGGGCACUGUACGAACCAUCACCAAGCAAGUGCCCAAUGAGUCCUUCUUCAACUUCUUCAGUCCCCUGAAAGCCUCUGGAGAUGGAGAAUCUCUGGAUGAAGAUUCCGAAUUCACCUUAGCCUCUGACUUUGAAAUUGGGCACUUUUUCCGUGAGCGCAUCGUGCCACGGGCUGUCCUCUACUUCACUGGGGAGGCCAUAGAGGAUGAUGACAAUUUUGAAGAAGGCGAGGAAGGUGAAGAGGAGGAAUUGGAAGGUGAUGAGGAAGGAGAAGAUGAGGAUGAUGCUGAUGUUAACCCCAAGAAAGAACCCAUCCAGCCAGCGGAGUGCAAGCAGCAGUGAAAAGCAGCGACCCUAUGGGGCUGCCUCGUGGACGGCUGUCAGGACCGCAGGCUGCAGGCAGGAGCCUCAGUCCCUGCCAAAGCAGAAUUUUGUUGACAGUGCUGUGACAUCUAACCAUUUCCAAGUGCAUGAUCCUCUCCCCCUUCCCUUCUUACUUUGCUAAACUUGUACAGUGAAGACUGCUGCAGUUCAGAAUAGGAGAUUUAGUUGUAGCAGCUGCAGCUUUGGUGCCUGAAGAUCGCUUGGGGUGAGCCGGGGCUGUGCCUGGGAUUGACAGCCUGGUGAUUAUGUGCACUCAGCCCUCCCCUACUGAAAAGGCCCCAUGGUUCCAGCCGCCGAACUGUGUGGGAAGCUGCUCCAGCUGCUGUGCCCUAGUCAUCUCCCAAGCACUGUAGAGGAAGCUGUGCUCGCCUUAGAGCAUUUUUUUCUUGUGUUUUGGUUUUAGGGGUGGGUGGGUUGUUGCACACACCUCUGAGGCCAGAGCUGUCGGGUUCACCCUUGUACUUAUUUAUUUAGUUGUGCUUGGGGGGCUUUGAACUUCACUGUCCUCCUCCCACUUAGGAGACCACGCUGUUGACUUGAUCAGGAGAAUGUGACACCAAGUGGAGUGAGGCCCAUGGAGGAAUUCCUGCUGCUUCCUGCCACCAGCUGCUCUGUGCCAUGCAGAACACAUGUUGUUAUAGCUGCUGGAAGUCGGCAGGCUGUAGCCUGGGGGCAGAAGUUCUCCCUCAGUAGGAUCUCUGGCCUGUAGAGCACAGCUUCAGCUUGUACUGUGCACACCAGGGCCACACCUGGGAUUGGUGACCAGUUGGUGGUUAGUGUGGGGGGGGGGGGUGUUUCCGAGUGUGUGGUUGUGUCUCUGGUAGCCAGGACAGCCAUGUCCACAGUGACCAGCCAUGUAGAGCGUGCUCAGCCUUACCCAAUAACACAUUUGUAACUGAAUACGGUGUUUUCAAUUUGUACAGAAUAGUUAGAAUAUUCUAUUAAAGUUGUGAAACAAA